AUGCCGACGAACUUCUACGCGUCGAUGCAUCCCCCCUGUCGACUUGUCGCGCUGCCAUCAGUGGACUGGACGUCGCAUGCCCACCUCGCGAUGGCCAUGUCCGAAGCCAUGAUUCCGUACGCUGCCUCCGCCAUGUUCCUCAUCGAUGCAUAUGUCACGGCCAACGCUGUCUUGGCCAUCACCACGUCGCUCGGUCUCGGAACGUACUACCUCACGGUGUGA